GUGCAGGCAACAGGUGUGUACAGUUUACACAGACCAGUGCGCUCUCACUCUGACAGCUGCCAGCAUUCACACAUUUCUGCGGACCUCCUGAGCAUUGGGAUUAAAAUAAGGCCUAACGAUGGCCAACUUUGGAGGACAUGCCAUUCCUGGCACUUUUUUCCUGUUCUAUGGCUUUUGGCUAACAGUGAAACACAUUCUCCAACACUACUGGAGGACAAGUCAGCCCAAAGGAAGACAGACUAUGCCACCUUUCUUUAAAAGAAUGGAUUACAUUGAGGGAGGAUUCAAAAUCUUUGCUUCAUUUGUGGGUAUUAUGGUUGAACAGUUUGUGGUGGAUGGGCCACAUGCCCACCUCUAUGACAGAGAGAACAACUCUUGGGUCAAGCUGAUGAACUGGCAGCACGGCACAAUGUAUUUGUUCUUUGGGAUCUCUGGAAUAGCAUUGGUUGCCAGUACUACUUCCAAACUGGUGCCACCUGGUGUUGACCGCCUUGCUCUCUCCUUGGCUCUUUUUGUUGAAGGGUUUCUGUUCUAUUACCAUGUGCACAUGCGACCCCAUCUGGAUGCUCACAUCCACUCCCUGCUGCUAGUGGCUGUUUUUGGUGGAUCAGCCAGCACUAUGUUGGAGGUGUUCUUAAGAGACAACAUUAUUUUGGAACUACUCAGGGCAUGCCUGUUCAUCUUGCAGGGCUCAUGGUUCUACCAGAUUGGAUUUGUACUAUACCCUUUAAGUGGACCAAAGUGGGACUUGGAACUGCAUGACAACAUCAUGUUCGUCACAAUGUGCUUCUGCUGGCAUUUAGCUGUCGCCCUGCUUUUAGUCGCCUGCACUUCCUCUGUGGUUUGGUUCACAGUGAAGCGAUUCUCAGGAAGGGGCCGGGACAUAGAAAUUGGAAUGCGAAAUACAUCCUCCAAAACAAACUGCCAGAAAGCUUUGCUUGAAGAGUCAGAUGAGGAGUGAAUGCUUUUGUUAUGGUUCUUCAAUUUUUAUUUCAUUUGCAAUGGGGCUGGUCUGUGUGUAAGACCAAGUCUGC